UCAAUUCCUUAUCCAGGAAAUCCAGUUUCACUAUCUAAUGUAUCUUCCUCCACCAAUGACAUUGUUAUUAACAAACGGAUUCACUCAUAUUCAUCAUCAGCUAGACAAAAUAUGAUGCUCCGCAAUGCAAAACUGUUGUCCCCUUCCGCUAAGUUUCAACCGUCCUCUAUAGAGCCACCGCAGAACAGCCGGAGAACCACCGUCGGAACGUCUCCGUCGUCUUUGGAACGAAACUGCAAAUUAUCACGACGGAAUCUAAGUAAAUCCUCGUUACUUCUACUCCUCGGUACUCAAACAGCUCUGACGCCAUUGCUCGACUUCUCCAAAGCUCAAGCAGCAGAUACACCUAUUAAUAAUCCCAAUCCCACAAAUUGCGUAGACAGAGUUCCGACUAAGAAAGCGUUCAUUGAUGUAUCGAUCGAUGGAGAACCAGUGGGAAGGAUCAUAAUCGGAUUAUACGGAGACGAUGUGCCGGCGGGAGCAGCUAGAUUCAGCAGCAUAGUGAGCGGGAAAGCCGGGAUAAGUUACCGGAGAAAAGAGUUCGUGAAGAUCAUGCCAGGCUACGUCCAGCACGGCGGGAUCAGAUCGUACGGCGUUGACGCCGAGCGAGCCACCGCCGCGGUCGGGAGUCUACAGAACUUAAUCGAAGAGUGGGAGAGAGGGAGAAGAGGAGAGAUAUGUAACGAGAAUAGGGCGGGAAGUGUAGGGAUAGUGGUGAGGGAUCCGUCGAAGCCGCCGCCGAAGACGAAGCUUGUGGCGAGGAAUGGGAAGUUUGUGGUGGAGGAAGAGGUUAACGCCGUGGGACCAAACGGAACGGAGUUUGUAAUAACGGCUGUGGAUUCGCCGGAGCUGGAGGACUCGGUGUUGGUCAUUGGCAAGGUUUUGGAAGGAAUGGGAGUUGUGGACAAGAUUAGACAAGUUAAGACUGUUAGGGAUAACACUUCUUCUCCUUAUUUCAGGGUGGCUAAAGUGAUCGGAGAUAAGAGAGCCGUGGUGGCGGAGAGAGGUUUUAAUCGGCCUUAUUCAAAGGUUGUAGUUACCAGUUGUGGUUUGAUAGAGUCACAGUCUCUAUGAUGAGCUCAUGUUCUACGCAGGGUUCUUUUUUUUUUUUUUUUCUUUUUUCUCAACUCAACAAACUGCUCCAAUCGUUCAGCACAUCGGAAAAUUGCAGCCAUGGUUGUUGGCGGAACUAUAUAUGUAGUAUAUAUUAUCAAAUGAGAAAUUAUAAGCGUGAUAAGAAAUUGUUGUCUUUGGCCA